GCAUAGUAACAGCAUGGAGAAGUACAUAUUUUUAUUGACUCUCCUCUUUCUAGUUCAAUUUUCUAUAUCAUCUGCUUCCUCAAAUGAGACUGACCAAGAAGCUCUAUUAGCUUUCCAAAAUCUUAUUACAAGUCCUAGUCAUUUUUUGGCCAAUAAUUGGACCAAAAAUACUUCUUUUUGCUCUUGGUUUGGUGUCACUUGCAGUUCAAAAAGGCAAAGGGUUGUGGCCUUGGCUCUUCCUAAUUUGCAACUUCAAGGCACAAUUUCCCCGUCUUUGGCCAAUUUGUCCUUUCUCAGAGAGCUCAAUUUCGAGAAUAACUUAUUCCAUGGUGGCGUCCCUUAUGGACUUGGCCACUUGCCUCGCUUGCGAGUAAUUGAUGUUAAAAACAAUCAGCUAGAAGGAAGUAUUCCAACAAGUCUAUUUCAACACCAGAGAGUUCAAAUCAUUUCAUUGGCUUACAAUAAACUCAGUGGAGAAAUGUGGAAAGGGCCAUGGUAUGUACCGGAACUCAGAAUCUUAAAUCUCAGGAAUAAUAGCCUCACGGGUAUAAUCCCUCCUUCCGUCGGAAAUGCCACAAAGUUGCUCAACUUCAGUUUGUCUGGGAAUAGAAUCAAUGGUAUCAUUCCAACUAAGAUCGGUAAUCUUAGCCAACUUAUAGAGUUCCAUUUGUUCAAUAAUCUAUUAACAGGUUCCAUUCCUGCACCACUGUUUAAUAUCUCGUCGCUACUUAGAGCAUCUCUGGCAAGCAAUAACCUUUCUGGUCCUCUCUUUCUCGAUGAAGGGAAUAUUGUGUCAAAUCUGAAGUAUCUAAGUAUAUCUAAGAACCAAAUUUCUGGUUGCAUUCCCUCUAACAUAUGCCAACUGACACAGCUCAAAAUUUUGUCCAUAUCUUAUAACAAUAUGAAAGGAAAUAUACCCAGAAAUAUUGGUUGUUUAUCCAAACUGGAGGAGUUUUAUAUUGGCGAUAAUCCAAUAACAGGGACUAUUCCCACUUCAUUGGGCAAUAUUUCCACUCUGCGACAUCUUUAUUGUGGAAACAGUCGUAUAGUGGGGCAAAUUCCAAAGGCUAUUUUUAACCUAUCUUCUUUGGAAAUGAUUGAUUGCAGUUACAGUAACCUCUCGGGAAGAAUUCCAACCACUUCAGGUCUUCAUCUUCAGAACCUUAAAGAAGUUUUCUUGGGACACAAUCAGCUCGAAGGGGAAAUUCCAUUGUUCAUAACAAAUGCUUCCAAGCUUGAGAUAUUGGGGCUAGAAAAUAACUUUCUCACAGGCGCAAUUCCUACUAAUUUGGGGAAUCUUCGUGAGCUGCGAGAACUGUUCCUACAUCAUAAUCAACUUACCAAUGAACCAAGAGCGCAAGAAUUGCGAUUCUUCAAUUCUUUGGUGAGCUGUAAGAUGUUGCGAUAUCUAGAAGUGGGUUCCAAUCCAUUGAAUGGCGUUCUGCCCAAUUCUAUUGGGAAUCUUUCAUCUACUAUUGAAAACUUUAAUAUACCAGAUGUGCACAUCAAUGGCCCCAUCCCCACGGGUAUACGCAAUAUGAGCGGUCUAAUAACCCUAAACCUUGGAAAAAACAACUUGAUGGGAACCAUUCCAUCUGAAGUCGGUAAGCUUGAACAACUCCAAGGUUUGUAUCUAUAUAGCAACAAAUUGCAAGGGAAUAUUCCAGAGGUGGUUUGUCAUUUAUCUAAUUUGGUUACAUUAUCUUUGCAUGUUAAUGAGCUCUCUGGGGCGAUUCCAAAAUGUAUAGAAAAUCUUACCAUGCUACAAGUUCUUUCAUUGAGUUCUAACAAAGUUUCAUCAAAGCUUCCUUUGAGUCUUUGGAAGAUGAGUGGCCUUCUCUAUCUUUUCAUGUCACAAAAUUCUAUAGAGGGAGAAGUUCCCCAGGAUAUUGGAGGACUGAAGGCCCUUGUAGGACUAGAUCUUUCUGGUAACCACUUUUCAGGCAAGAUACCAAGCCAAUUGGGGGACCUCCAAAACAUGAAUACUCUUGACCUGUCGAACAACUCAUUUUCAGGCUCAAUUCCAUUAGCCUUUGCCAACUUGAUAAGUUUAGAAUACUUGGAUUUGUCUUUAAAUGUGUUGUCAGGUACUAUUCCCAAGUCUUUGGAAAAGCUCUUAUACCUUAAAAGCAUCAAUGUCUCAUUUAAUGUUUUAGAAGGUGUAAUACCUAGUGAUGGUGUGUUUGCGAAUUCCACUCUGCAAUCAUUUAUUGGGAACAAAGGUCUAUGUGGAAUGCACAUAUUGGAGAUUCCUGCUUGUGCUAUCACUAAUCCUGGAAAACAAUCAACGUCUAAGGAGCUUGUGCUGAAAAUUGUUAUUCCAGUGGUUAUUUCAUCUUUUUUGAUAUUCUUGUUGGUGUCAACUUGGAUAUUGAAACAAAAGAAGAAAGGGAAGUCCAAAGACGUGGAAAAGGUACCGGAGAUCAGGACAUAUCAAUUGAUUUCUUAUCACGAAAUUCAACGAGCAACAAAUAAUUUUGAUGGAUCCAAUUUAAUUGGUGCGGGAGGUUCUUGCUCUGUGUACAAAGGUACAUUAUCUAGUGGAACUGUGGUGGCAAUAAAGGUUCUCGAUUUGCAAAAUGAGGUAGUAUGCAAGAGGUUUGAUACUGAAUGUGAAGUGUUGAGAAAUGUUAGGCACAGAAAUCUGAUUCCAGUGAUUACUACUUGUUCUAGUGAAUACAUAAGAGCCUUUGUUCUACAGUAUAUGCCCAAUGGAAGUCUUGAUAAUUGGUUGUACAAAGGAGAUCGCCACUUGAACCUUCUUCAAAGAGUCGACAUAAUGCUUGAUGUGGCUGUGGCAAUUGAAUAUCUACACCACGAUCAUGACACUCCAAUAGUUCAUUGCGACCUAAAGCCAGCCAACGUUCUUUUGGAUGAAGAAAUGGUGGCACAUGUUGGUGAUUUUGGCAUCUCUAAAAUAUUAGCUGUGAGCAAGUCCUUGGCACAUACUCAGACAUUAGGCACUCUUGGUUACAUUGCACCAGAAUAUGGCUCGGAAGGAAUAGUGUCCAUUAGUGGUGAUGUUUAUAGCUAUGGCAUCGUGAUGAUAGAGGUAUUGACAAAAAGAAGACCAACUGAUGAUGAGAUAUUCAAUGAAAAUCUUGGCUUGAGGCAGUGGAUAAGAAGAGCAUUUCCCAAGACAAUUAUGGAAGUUGUGGAUGUCAAUCUUUUUCAUGAGGAAGAACAUGUCAAUUCAAAAACUGAAAUAUGCAUAGCCUCCAUGAUGGAAUUGGCUUUGGAUUGUACUAAGGAAACGCCAGAGUCAAGGAUAACUAUGAGAGACGUAGUCAAGAGGCUUAACAAAAUCAAGAACACGUUUUUUGGAACAUAGAAAUUAGCAUCUCUUAAAGUGGUGUUCUUUUUUAGUUGCAAGUUAAUAUGUUGUCUUUUAAUAAGUUUUUUCUGUUUAAAUGGUUCAUAAGAAAUGAAGUUCGAGGGUUAAAAUGGAACAAGGUUGAUAUGGAGUACCAAAUGAAAAAUUGGUGUAAGUUAGAGGGGCUAUCCAUGUAUUUGACCUUGUGUGAAUGUACUUGUGUCUUGCUGUUCACAUGGGUUCUACCAAACAGCUCAAAAUUUGAAUACAUCAUUCUUAGUUGUAAUUUAUUUUUAAAAUUCUAUACAGCACAAAGCUGAGCUGUGUUGAG